AUGGGAAUCGGUGAACUAACCAAUUUCCAAACAUUGACAAAUUUUGUUGUCAGUCAAGACAAUGGCCGUAAGAUAAGGGAGAUGGAGAAUUUGUCUAAUCUUAAGGGUGGACUUGUUAUUUCAGAAUUGCAGAAUGUUGUCAAAGCUCAAGAUGCAUGGGUGGCUGGGUUAUGUUAUAAGUCGAACCUUCGUGAUUUAGCUUUAGAGUGGAGUUAUAAUUUCGCCGGAGAAGAAAUUCACAAGGACAUCUUGGAUUCACUCCAACCUCCUAAAAUGCUUGAAAGGCUUACCAUCGAAUGUUAUGGAGGUGAAACAUUCCCAAAUUGGUUCGGAGAUCCUUCAUUUGGAAAGCUAUCGAUUCUGGAUCUGUAUUACUGUCCAAAUUGCACAUUAUUACCAGCUGUUGGAAGAUUAACGUCGCUAAAAUCGCUUUCUAUCCGGAGGAUGAGUAAGGUUAAAAAAGUGGGUGCUAAUAUUUUUGGAAAGGAUCUAUCGAUUAAUGCAUUUCCGUCACUAGAGAGAUUACGUUUUCAGGACAUGCCAGAAUGGGAGGAAUGGGAUCCCUGUGAAGUUGAUGAAAAUGUAAGGAGUUUCCAACACCUUCAUGAGCUCAUCAUUUCAAAUUGCCCCAAGUUGUUAGGAAGUUUACCUAAUCGUCUUCCUUCCUUGAAGAAGCUGAAGAUUAAUUUGUGUCAACAGCUGAGAAGUCUACCUAGUUGUCUUCCUUCAUUGGAGAGACUUGUGAUUCAAGAAUGUGAGAAGUUGGUAGUUUCACUCUCAAGCCUUCCAAAGUUGUCUGACUUGGAAAUUAAUGGGUGCCAAGAGGUGUCGUCUACAAGUUGUGCAAAUUCUGGCUCAUUCAUUGAAAGAGUCUCUCUUUCAGACAUUUCAAAAUUCACUUCUCCAAUGGAGGGGAUGAUGUUAGGGUUGAUAAAAGCUGAACGUCUUUUUAUAUAUGUGGAUGUGAGGAGCUAA